GGUGAGGAAAUGAGGAAAGAAGGAGAAGAGGAGGAAUAAAGGAGAAAAGAGUCAAGUGGGAUAUAGAAAGUGUAUGUUUCAGACGCGCGCGUGGGUUUAGUUUGGAGUAUACGGCGUCGUUUUGUUUAGAAGCUUUGGUAAAGUGAGGAGCGUGGAGUGUGUAGGAGCGUGGAGGGUUUGGUAAUGUGAUAAGAGCGAGUGAAUGGAUGAUAACGAUGGUUUAUUAGUGAGUCAGCUUGCUGUCACUAGUUUGGAUUAUUUGGGCCUUUAGUGGGCCUUUUCAAGCUUAAUACUACUGGGCUCGCAUCCACUGAGUAAGGUUUGAGUACCAUAGUUUGAAUAAUAUCAAUACCAGAAUAUGAUAGACGUUUGAGUUUAUCAAAAUGGAGAAAUUAUUAAUCAAAAUAAAUAAAAAUUACGUCGCCUGAGAGAUUCGAACUCUCGCGGGGAAACCCCAUGUACUUAGCAGGCACACGCCUUAACCACUCGGCCAAAGCGACUUUUUGAAAGAGAAGAAGAAUCAAAAUUGAAGUGGACUGAGGGUAAGCAAACAAUGGUAAAGACGACAAACACUUUUGGGUGGUUCGAUUGGUUCUGGUUCUAAAGGUGUUCUUGUUCUUGUGGACUAGCUUCUGGGAUUUGAAGUAAGAGAAAAAAAUGCUCUCUUCUCCGCAUCUCUCCCAGCCAAUGAAUGGACUCAAAGACAUCGUCGAGACACGAAACUUCAAGUGUGUCACAGGCAUGGCUCUUAGAUCAAUAUGGAGUCCUUCAUGAUGGCAAACAACCUUACCCCGGCGCAAUCUCAACUUUAAAGAAUCUAGCAACGGUAGGUGCCAAGAUAGUGAUCAUAAGCAACUCCUCUAGACGUGCUUCAACCACAAUGGAAAAGCUCCAAGGCCUUGGCUUUGAUCCUUCUUUCUUCACUGGAGCUAUAACUAGCGGUGAACUAACCCAUCAAUCUUUACAAAGGAGAGAUGAUCCUUGGUUCGCUGCACUAGGAAGGCGUUGCAUUCACAUCACUUGGAAAGAUCGAGGAGCAAUCUCUUUGGAUGGUCUAGAUCUAAACGUUGUGGAGAAUGUGGAAGAAGCUGAGUUUGUGCUAGCGCACGGCACUGAAGCCAUAGGACUUUCUUCAGGAGGUGUAUCUCCCACGCCUCUCGACGAGCUUGAGAAGAUCUUGGAGAAAUCCGCAGCUAAAGGACUCCCAAUGAUCGUUGCUAAUCCGGAUUACGUGACUGUUGAAGCAAACGUUUUCCACAUCAUGCCGGGUACACUGGCUGCCAAGUAUGAAGAACUUGGAGGAGAGGUUAAAUGGAUGGGGAAGCCUCACAAGAUGAUCUAUGAGUCUGCUAUGGCGAUUGCUGGAGUUGCUAAUCCGGAGGAGGCUAUAGCAGUGGGAGACUCGCUUCACCAUGAUAUAAAGGGAGCAAAUGUUGCGGGGAUUGAAUCGGUGUUUAUCACCGGUGGGAUUCAUGGUAGUGAGCUUGGUUUGACUUCUUUUGAUGAAACUGCGAGUCUAGACUCGGUUAAGACCCUUGCUGCUAAACACAAUGCGUUCCCGUCUUAUGUUUUGUCUGCUUUUAAGUGGUAGUGUUCAUUGUAAAAAUCAUUGUAAAAAUCAUGUUAUUUGAUUCUUCAACUAGACUUCACCUUCAUUUAAACUCUUGAGAAAGCAGUUCCCUGUUUGUGAAAGUAAAGACUUAUUGCUAUGUGAAUGAGAGUAAGUACGA